GUCUUGUGGAAAAUAGAAAUGUGCAUUGUGCAGUAACUGGACAUCUGAACUUUAGUUUUACCACAAUAAUUAUUAAUUACAGUACAGUCUUACAUUAUAAUUUAUAGUUUAAGACUGGAUUUAAAUAAUUUUAAAUUUAGGUACUAGGGUCUUCAUUUAGUCCUAACCAGCAGACGUUUUCAUAAAUAUGGCUGUUAGCCAUUUUGAUGAAAAAAGUGGUAUUAUACCAUGUAAUACAGAAUGGGGUAGAUGGUGGCAAACUGUGGAUGAAUUACAUAUUGAAAUAACACUGCCAGUUAAUACCAAAUCCAAAGAUGUCAAAGUCAAUGUGACUAACUCAAGUAUUACUUGUCAAAUUUUAGGAAAACCUUUAUUUUCUGGAAAUUUAUUUAGAAAAGUACGCGCUGAUGACACUUUAUGGACAUUAGAGGAUAAUGGUACUUUGUUAAACAUUGUAUUAACAAAAGCAGAUUAUUCAAAUAAAGAAAAUGUUUGGGAAGCUAUAAUGGAGGAUGGAUCAUUUAAAGCAGAUCCAAUAACAUAUAUUGAAAUGAUGAAAAAAAUGGAUCUAGAAAAACUUCAAAUGAAAUACCCGGGAAUGGACUUCAGUAGAUCAGAGCUUCAAAAAAAUUACGACUCUAUACCAGGAUUCAAUUAACUAUAGAUUUGUGUACCUAAAUUAUAGACUACAUUUAUAUGAUUGAAUUGUUUUUUAAUAACAAAAAUCUAAAUAUUGAAAAUGGCUGGAUUGUGUAGAACUGAAAUGUAUAAUGUAAUUAUUUAUGUUUAUUUAUCUUAAUGUAGAUCACUUCUAUUGUACCUAUUAUUUUAAUUAAAACUUUCAUUGUUAGUUUCUAUUUAUGUCGAUCAUUAAAAUUGAUAAUAUUAAGUUAUAAAAUUCCUAA